AAUUGAACGAUAGGCAUAUACAAAAUAACUUAUCGAAAGUCGCUUUUUUUAUUUAUUCAUUAACAAAUGCAACAUUAACAACAAAAUGGUUAGCAGAGGCAUAGAAAGUGCGAGUAAAGUGCCGACAUUCCAUGUCAUACGAGAGGUGUACGACAGCUCCAACGCCCAUGAGCGUUUCGAGGCCGAGCUGGAGAAGGCGCUGGAAGCCAAGGUAGACUUUAUAAUCAUUGAACCGCCGCGCCUGGGCGACGAAACAGGUCGCUGGAUUUGGGUCGGCAAUUGUCUGCAUAAAUCGGCCGUUGCCACCGGAGUUGUGUCGCUCAUAGCCAGUUUGCUGUGGCACGAUAGACCUAUUGUGGCUGCCCCCAUAUGUGCACUCUCGCUCUUCUGCUCGGGCCUGUACACAGUGUCCUGGAACUCGGAUCCUUGUUGUCAAUACCAGGUGGAGAACAACGACACCGUUUUGGAGAAGCUACCACUAACAGAUGUAUCCUCGCCUGUGAUCCUCGGAUAUGCGCCUAAUGCAAAAACCAAAUACUUGCACCGCGGCGUCACCUUCCUGUCGGCAGCGCUGUGCGCUUGGCAAAUCUGGCGGUCAUACAAGUAAGAAGCAGGCCAGGACAGAACAGAACAGGCGGACCGGCAACAUCAUGUGGGGAUUAAACAAUAAUUAAUAAGUUUAUUUUAGGCACCUAAGCGAAUGCAUUUUAUUUAGAUUUCCCUUCCCAACGUUUUUUCUGCGCGUACCAGUAACCCAGUAGCCAGUAGGCAGUAGCCAGUCUUGUGUCUUGUGUCAGACAAAUUUAAUGUGAUUGAAAGUGUAAAUUGUCGUUAAACAGUCGUAAAAGUCUCAGUUGUUGUCCGGCCCGAGCGCAGCCCUAUGUACUCAUUUUCGAUUUGUCCACGAUAUAGUUUAGUGUCUAAAUGAGGAGCAAAGUCUUAAGAAAAAACUAAAGUAUAGUCAGUCCAAUGUUCAGAGAAAGCGCCUGUAUAAAUAAUUAAGUGAAAUGCCCGAUAUUCUGUGUAUAAAUCAAUUAAUCAUUGUUAUUAGCAA